GUUAGCUGUGGAAUCAUUACGCCGGAAGGCUUUGCUGCGGGGGUGGGUUUCCUUUGUAUUUUGAUUCCCUCCCUUUUGGGAGGAAGGAAUGGGCAUUUAUCUGGUAGAAAAAAAAAGAGAUCUGGUGUAUGUGAAUAAAAGCACCGGUGAUAAUCUUCCUUUCCGCCAGGUCGCCUUGAUGCAUUCAGCGCAAUUGCUUUUUUAAUAGAGCUUCUGGUUUGUUUGUUUUUUAAAUUGGCGACGUGGUCUUAGCCUUUUCCUGGAACGCGUAUUCUUUCUUUUCCCUCCUGCAGAUUUGGUAGCUCUCCUCUCCCCCUCCCCCUUUUUGGCAAAAUCGGAUCUGCAGCUGCUCAAUGAAUAGCGGCUUGCGAGGGAGGGGGGCUGCUGUGGGCGGCAGAAGAGCGGCUGGUGCAUCCGAGACGUUGUUCACCCGCUCGCCGCCUUCCCGGGGAGCGCCAGAUUAGAUGGGAGUUCCUGGCGAGCGGGCAUGAGCCGGAAUGGCAGAUCGCGGGGUUGGUCACUGCCCUUGUGAGUGGGGGUUGGCAGCAUCGUAAUUUAUUCUCCCCACCCCCAUCCGUGGGAUUUUCCUCGGGGUUGCUAGGAGCUGCGCUUAAACUCUGAAUUCGCGGUCUCGCCGGCUGCAGGGGAAGAGGGAGUCGGCGCGAGCCAGCCUGAAUUCGGAGCGUGCCCUCGCGCAACGGGAGCCGACCUCGGGAUUUUCCCCCUGCCCGGUUUAAACGAUUUUUUUUUUUUAAAUUCUGCCUCCCGCGUGGUGGGGAUCCAGAGGCGAGGCUCUGAUUGUGGGGGCGGAGGAGGAGGAGAUCACCCCCCUCGUUGCUUUGGGGUCCUUUGCAGCUGGGGGGAAGAAACAUGGAGGCGGUGAUCGAGAAGGAAUGCAGCGCCCUCGGAGGGCUCUUCCAGACCACCAUCAGUGACAUGAAGGGAAGUUACCCAAUUUGGGAAGAUUUCAUAAAUAAAGCAGGGAAACUCCAGUCCCAGCUUAGGACGACGGUCGUAGCAGCAGCUGCCUUCUUGGAUGCCUUUCAGAAAGUAGCAGACAUGGCAACCAAUACGCGUGGUGCUACCAGAGAAAUAGGCUCUGCUUUAACCAGAAUGUGCAUGAGGCAUCGAAGCAUUGAAUCCAAGCUCAGGCAGUUUUCAAGUGCUUUAAUUGACUGUCUGAUAAACCCACUUCAAGAGCAGAUGGAAGAAUGGAAGAAAGUGGCCAAUCAGCUGGAUAAAGACCAUGCAAAAGAAUACAAAAAAGCUCGCCAGGAAAUAAAAAAGAAAUCCUCAGAUACACUGAAGCUUCAGAAGAAAGCAAAGAAAGCAGAGGCACUGGGUAGAGGAGACAUCCAGCCUCAGCUGGACAGUGCAUUGCAGGAUGUGAACGAUAAGUACCUUCUUCUUGAAGAAACGGAGAAACAGGCUGUUAGAAAAGCGCUGAUCGAAGAGCGCGGCCGAUUCUGUUCAUUUAUUUCUAUGCUGCGUCCUGUGAUUGAAGAAGAAAUAUCAAUGUUGGGAGAAAUAACUCAUCUGCAGACCAUAUCAGAAGAUCUGAAAAGCCUCACUAUGGACCCACACAAGCUGCCAUCAUCCAGUGAACAGGUAAUUCUUGAUCUGAAAGGUUCCGAUUAUGGCUGGUCCUAUCAGACACCACCUUCUUCUCCCAGUACCACCAUGUCCAGAAAAUCCAGUGUCUGCAGCAGUCUGAACAGUGUAAACAGUAGUGAUUCCCGGUCAAGUGGCUCGCAUUCUCACUCACCCAGUUCACACUAUCGCUACCGCAGCUCCAAUCUGCCUCAGCAGGCACCAAUGAGGCUCUCCAGUGUGUCCUCGCACGACUCUGGAUUCAUGUCCCAGGAUGCUUUUCAGUCCAAGUCACCGUCCCCAAUGCCGCCUGAAGCCCCCAACCAGCAGAAUUCGUCCAGCUCAGCCUCUUCUGAAGCCUCUGAAACCUGCCAGUCAGUGAGUGAGUGCAGCUCUCCCACCUCUGUCAGUUCAGGCUCCACCAUGGCGGCUUGGGCCUCCACAGAAAAGUUGUCUAAUGGGUAUUAUCACUGUAGUUUACCAAGUGGCUCAUCUUUAGCCCCAGUUGGUGCAGGUUCUUUCCCUUAUAUUCCGUCUGUCUCUCACGCAUGGACCCGAGCAUCCUCUUCCACCCUCCUUCCAGACUACGUUCAUUAUUACUCCAUUGGGCCAGGCAUGUUACCAUCAUCUCAGAUUCCUAGCUGGAAGGAUUGGGCUAAGCCUGGUCCUUACGACCAGCCCAUGGUAAACACUUUGCAACGCCGCAAGGAAAAACGAGAAGCUGACCCUCCAGUGGGGGCUCAAAGUGGGCCGCCCCUCCCCACAGAAGACCCUCAGAGGCCCCGGAGCAUGACUGUAUCAGCUGCCUCAAAGCAAGGAGAGGAGAUGGAGGCGUGUGAAGAGCUGGCCCUUGCUCUAACUCGGGGGCUGCAACUGGACAUUCAGAGGAGCAGCAGGGAUUCCUUGCAAUGUUCCAGUGGCUACAGCACCCAGACAACCACCCCUUGCUGUUCUGAGGAUACUAUUCCUUCUCAAGUUUCAGAUUAUGACUACUUUUCUGUGAGUGGCGACCAAGACUCAGAGCAGCAAGAAUUUGACAAGUCUUCAACUAUUCCGAGGAACAGCGACAUCAGCCAGUCCUACCGUCGAAUGUUCCAUGCAAAGCGUCCUGCUUCCACUGCAGGCCUCCCGACCACCCUCGGUCCUGUGAUCGUUACACCGGGGGUGGCCACCAUCCGGCGGACCCCUUCUACCAAGCCGGCGGUCAGGCGCGGGACCAUAGGAGCGGGGCCAAUUCCCAUUAAGACCCCCGUGAUUCCUGUUAAGACUCCAUCUGUGCCAGACAUGCCAGGAGGGCUUCCAAGUUUCCCAGGCGGGGCAGAAGAAAGCUCCGAGCAGAGUCCCGAGGCUGGAAGUGGCAGCAACCCCAUGGUGUGCACAUCCUCCUCAUGGAGCGGGCAAGCGCCUGCCAGCCUUCCUCCCACCAGCCAGAAGCUGAGCAACGCAGAGGAUCAGAGACCGGCGGCUGCCGAAAGUGAGGGAGAGGAGAACGAACGGGAAGGGCUGAGCAUUGCUGCUCCCCCGUGCCAGCCCGUGCCUCAUUUGGGCGGGCAGAACCUGGCGGAGGCCCCGCAGGGCGAAGACAUGCUGAACGCUAUCCGCAGGGGCGUUAAGCUGAGGAAGACCACCACGAACGAUCGCUCGGCCCCCCGCAUUUCCUAGAUGCUGAAUCAGUGCCCGGGUUGAGGGAAGAGAGACGGAUCUAGCUGACAGAAUCAACCUAGUGUCUUGGUCCGUUCACCGUACAAUCAAGAUUUUCUGGGAAGUGCUGGGAGAGACAGCUGGCAAUGGUCUCCAAAAUGGAGGGAAGGGUUAGAAUUGGCCAACUGAAACUCUUAAAGGAACAUCUUCCUGACUAUUACAUUUUUUUGUAAGGGUGGCUGAUUAUUUUUUUUCCCCUGCACAUUUUUAAAACUCUUGAGUUCCUCUUUUAAUUUUUUUCCCCAAAGGUGCCAAAAUCCCAUUUAACUUUUUAAUAACUCUUUGCAAAAUGUAUUCAUUCGCAAAAGGACGGUUAUAAAAAAUGUCAAGUAGUUAAGUGUCAGCAAGAGUGGGGAUCCGGCAGUAAUGCAUUCUCCCUCUUGAAAGUUUUUGUAGAGCACCUUGUCUGUAAUAGUGGGGGUCCCAAAUCAGUGUUCGUUUUCUUGUACAAAGUUCACGGCAAGAACACAACUCCACUGAAGCACAGUGAACUAUUCUCCUGUUGCAAAGGCAGGGAACAGAAGCUGAUUGAAGCAAUAUAUAAUGGGAGAGAGAGAGAAUGACUAUAAUUGGUUAAUCUUUAGGGAUUAGGAAGGGAGGGGCUUAAUUUGUUGCACAAAUGUUGCCUAGCAGGUAGUUUCAUGGUAAACGCAUCCAAAUAAGCCAUAAUGAAUUACAGUGUUCAUUUGAGUAAGGUGUUUUAAAGACUUUCGGUACUGCCUGCUAGGAAUUUUUCCUAUGUUGGGCCCCAUGAAAUCUGAUUGGAGCCAUGGUAAGAUUUCUUGCCUCUGUAAACCGCGUGGUAAUGCUUUAAUUUCUGGUCAUCGUGAAACCUCUUUUAUCAGUUUGUACCAUCUUGCAACAGGCUUAAACUUUGCAUUCCUCUCUUCACUUUGUGUUCCUUAAAAGAAAUACGCAGAACACGACAUAAAGUAGAUGAUGUGAAGGCGGAAGGGUGUAUACGUUGUUUAAAAAAAAAAAAGAGCAAAAAAAAAAUAAUAAUAAUAAUAAAGAAAAACCAGGGAGUUCUUAGUUACAACUUUAUACCUUUUACUGGCUGCGCCCAGCAGGCUGGGUAGCCAAAUAAACAGGAAAAGCCCCCAGUACUUUUGACAAAAGAACUCAUAGAUGGAUGGGCAACCAACUGGGAACUCCAGUAAAACUGCAAAUGUUACUGUUAAGGGGACUGUUUUUUCUGAAAUGGCAGUUUGGGUUGGUUUUUCCUAAAUACAAGAUUUGGGGAUAGGGGAGGGAUGGGGACAUUAUUUGGGUUUUAUUUAUUGCAGUGGGAGGGGACAUUCACAACUAGUUUCCUUUUUUAUUAUUUUUUUCCCUGCAAUUAUUUGGGGGGAGCACUGUUGAUAAAUUUAUAAAUAAGAUUUUCUUUUCUUAACAUGAACAUUGCUGUGAUGUUUCCAUUUCACGGGGUCAGUAGAAACGUGCAUAACUCAGGCACCACUGGUGUUUUAAGUUCUGUGGUUUUUUUAAAAGCAUUCUGCAGUCUAACUGGAUACCGUCUGCCUUAUUUCUACAUGGGCAAUGCUAGCAGAGUUCUUGAUUACGGAGGGGUGCGUUUGUGGCUGCAGCGAUGCACCACUCGUUGUGGAAGGAGCUGGGUUGUGAGUGCGCACAAUCUACUCUGCCAUGGACACUCGGAGAUUCGUAUGGGCUGCCAUCUUGCCUACAUAACUUCUUAUGCUUUAAAUACAUAACUGCAUUGGAUGUGAGAUGUAUUGUAAACCUGUUAUAGUCACUGUGUUCUAUAUACAUUUACACAGCUGUGGUUGCUUAACACUUUUUCAUUAUGGCGUCAGAAGCGAAAAGAAAAAGGCAUGAUCCAAAACAAUAAGCUUUCCUUCCUACAAAAAAAUAAAUAAUAAAAAAAAUAGUGCCUGUCAAACUAGCCCACUUGUCCUGAAAAAAGAGCGGAUGCUUGUCUGCAAAUGAUGCUCCAAGAUUUCAUUUUUCUUACCUACCUGUAAUGGGGAAGAAAAAUGGACAAAAAGGGUGCAGGCUGACAAGGUGAUUUUUCUAAGCUUGAUUUUUUUUUUUAUGUGUUUCUGUUAAGGGCUCAGCAUGCCCUUGGGUAAUCCCCAUUGCUUUCAGUGAGGCUCAUACAGGAGAUAUUCCUGAAAAAUCACAUCUAAAACACAUUUAGAAAACUUUUUGGAUGCAGCUGUAUUUGAAAGCACAGCCUCGUUUCUUUAAACACCAGAAUUAAAUCUGUUAAAUAAUAAUAAAAAUUAAACUUUAAAAAAUUGCCAAAAUUCAAUGUUAACAGAUGGCAAACCACUUGAAAUAGUUCUGUUUUUGUUUUGUUUUGUUUUGGGGGGUUCCUUUGUGUUCCUUGCCUAUUGUAACAGCAGCGUCACAAUGUAAAAUGUUUCUAAUGGUAAGUUCUUGUGGUUUAGUUGCUAGUUUGUACCGAGAGUUGACCUCUCCCCCAUGCAGUGUUUUUGUUCCAAACUGCUAAAAAUAAAAAUAGCUGUUAACUGUGCUUCCCUUCUACCUUGUAAUGAAUGCUUCGAGCCUAUAUUACAAAUAAAGACCUGCUGAUGAUCCUG